AUGGCCGCGCACACUGAAGACCACACCUACCACGCCAAAGAUGCGCUGCAGGGAGCAUUGAAGACGGCCAUGCUUACUGGUGGAGUCGGUCUCUGCGCAUCGGCCGUCCAGAACACCCUGACCAAGAGAAACGUCGGACCUCUGGGUGUGUUCAUUAAGAGCGGCGGCACAAUCGGUCUCUUCGCCGCCAUGGGUGGUACCUACGAGUUUGUGAAGACCGCAUCGGCCAACCUGCGUGAGAAGGAGGAUCCGUACAACGUCGCACUGGGCGGUUUCGUUUCUGGUUCCCUUUUGGGAUUGAGAGCACGAUCAUUCCCCGCCGUUUUGGGAUACGGUGCCGCCCUGGCAACUGCCAUGGGUGCCUUUGAAUUCACCGGUGGAUCGCUGUGGGGAUACAAGAAGGAGACCGUUGAGGAUGAAUUUGAACGCCGUACGAAGUUGAGGACAGCAUACAGGACUCCUGCUGAGCAGACCUUUUCCGAAUUGGGCGAGGGACGAGGAAUCGUUGCCCCUGGCUAUGCAGAGAGACGAGCGGAGAGAAUCAAGGAGGCAUACGGCGUCGAAGUUCCUACAUCGCAGGCUCCUGCAUCAUGAAAAUGAGUUAUUUCCAAGUUUGCUCAUCAAGUCUGCCACUUUUCCGUCUCUUUGUGUAAAUUAUCUCUACAUACCAAUGCGCCCGCUAGCACGCCUGACACAAAUGUUGAAGUCUUUUUCUUUUCACUUAUCCCUUGAUCAUGUUGGCGAAUUGGCUUGCUGAGUGUUCCGUACACCAUAACGUAGACCGAUACAGUGAGGCUAGGAUUAUACGCUUGGCGUUCAGUUCGCCGAGUCGGUCGAGAUAUCAAGUAGUAUCUACUACGAACUGGUACAAGAGCUACUAUUAAAAGUAGUCUGAAGGCUGACCGAGGGGUUCGUGGAGGGGCAGUGAUGACAGAUACUUGAGCACGCCCGACUUAAUUAAGCGCAGAUAUAAUUAGAAGAUAAGGGGUAUGAUUACUCUUUUAAAAUAU